AAUGGCGUUUUGCAGACGAAUUGGUGUUUUAGCGUUUGAUUCAGUUGUUAUGAAAACCUCCAGAUUUUCAGUUAUCAGACCAGUAUCCACAAGUGGUAAAAACUUUGCUGCCAUAGAUACAGAAUUCAGUGCUGCCAAAGAAAGGCUUACCACACUGAAAGAAGAUCCUGGAAAUGAAAUAAAACUAAAAUUGUAUGCCUUGUUCAAACAGGCUACAGUUGGUAAAUGCAAUGCCAAAAAACCAUCAACAUUUGAUUUUGUAGGGAAAGCCAAAUGGACUGCAUGGAACUCAUUGGGUGUAUUGUCUCAGGAAGAUGCUCAAAAGCAAUACAUUAGUACUGUUAAUGAUUUAGUGGCUGUUGAAGAAUCCGCAUCAGAAGAGGUAGCUAGUGGCACAGCUGGAGACUAUAAACAAAUAAAAGUUACUGUAGAAGAUGGAGUAUGUACCAUAUUGCUAAACAGACCAGCAAAGAAAAAUGCUAUCAAUCUUGAGAUGUAUAAUGAAAUUGGUGUUGCAUUGAACGAAAUUGGCAAAGACCCCAAAGUUGUCUUAGCUGUUGUAACAGGUGCAGGUGAUUAUUAUUGCAGUGGUAAUGAUCUUGAAAAUUUUAUGAACAUUGAUCCUUCUAAAAUACAUGAAUUUGCUAAAGAAGGAGCUGAUGUACUUAGACAAUUUGUUGCCAGUUUUAUCAAUUUUCCAAAACCUUUAAUUGGAGCUAUUAAUGGACCAGUUGUGGGUGUUGCUGUUAGUACUUUAUCUUUAUUUGAUGUAGUCUAUGCAACAGAUCGAGCUACUUUUCAUACUCCAUUCACUGCAUUGGGUCAAAGUCCUGAAGGUUGUUCCUCUGUGUUAUUUCCAAGAAUAAUGGGACAAGGAAAGGUGUGUCCUGGCUUCUAA